CCUUCUUCGGGUCCCAAAGUCUCUAGUUUCCCUUGAUUUCUUUCUUUUCUUUUCCCUCAGUUUUCUGAAAAUGAAUACCACUGCAGCUCAAUUUCCAUACCCAUGGCAGCGUUGCAAAAUUAUUCACUUGGUGAGGCAUGGACAAGCUAUGCAUAAUGUGGAAGGAGACAAGAAUCGCGAGGCACUGUUGUCUCCUCACCUAUUUGAUGCACAACUCUCCCCACUUGGCUUGCAGCAGGUUGCUAAACUGCGCAAUGAUGUUCAUGCUAGUGGGCUGCUUAGGAGGAUUGAGUUAGUCGUCACUUCCCCGUUGUACAGGACCAUGCAAACUGCUAUUGGAGUUUUUGGUAGUGAAAGCCAUGAAGAUGGAGGGAAUGAAAAUUUUUCUGUAAUAUCAGCUCUCAACUGCCCCCAAAUUAUGGCAGUUGAGCUUUGCCGAGACCGCCUGAUGGAUGGUGAACAUGACAAUAUGUGGAAUCCGGACGUUCGAGAGCCUGAGGAGGAAGUUGCUGCACGGAUGGUCCAGUUUAUGAAAUGGCUGUGGACAAGGCCAGAGCAGGAGAUUGUUAUUGUGAGCCAUGGCAUAAUCCUUCAACAUAUACUAAAUGUACUUGGAAAUGACUGUCAUCCAACAGUUAGAUCAAAUUUAUGCAAACGCUUUGGUAAUUGUGAGCUUCGUUCGGUGGUCAUAGUGGAUAAAAGUCUAAUAGGAGCAGAUUCACAGCUUUGCUCACCAAGAGAUGUUGCAAAAGAGAACGUGUUGAGAAAGGAAGUCUCCAGCUAAUUGGACUCAGUGACUCUUCAAACAAUAGAGUCACCGUUUAACUCUCCAGGAUUUUUUCAUAUUUUUUUUUAUCAAAUUUGUAUUCUUUUCUUUUUCAUUUCUGAAAGUAUAAUUUGACCAAUAGAAGUCUGUUUCCAUUGUAAAAUAAUUCAUUGAUAACAUAUUGUUAUUUAUUCUUCAUACAAAUAAAUAUGUACACUUCCUUUCCCGUUGCCUGUUGGCCAAACUUUGUAACUGAUUGGAAUAAUUCAUGGACAAUAAACAUUUCUUUUUUUGU